UGGGAGGCGGCAGUGAGUCAGGAUGUGUCAGAGGAAACCGGGGCGAGUCUCCACUGCAGGCGUCGUCGAGUCUCCGACUCCGGGAUGCGCAUCACUCUGCCCCGAUAUCUCUCCAACCUUGGGAACGGUUCAUCGAUGACAACAUUCUGAGAACAAAGAGGACUCAUAUAUUCCAUCAGUUCUACUAGCCCCGCCCUGCUCCUGUGCCCCGGCACCGACCCUCCACUAUGCAUCCUAAUCCCAGACGUGAGUCAUCCAUGUCCGGGAAGGAGCGCAGCCCUCGGCACCGGCCGUGGUCCGUCUACAGGGCCAAUACGUUUGAUCUCUCUGCUGAGAUGAUGGGGUUGGCUCUGUCAGGAAACAGCCAAGACCCAGACGAGCCGGUGCUGGAGUUUAGUGUGGCCUGCAGUGAACUGUUGACGCCGGCUCUGGACCGUAAGCCUGCCAGCUUCGUGGCGGUCAGCUGCACCACGCCGCCCCAGGCCUUCUGGACCAAGCAUGCUCAGACUGAGAUCAUAGAGGGAACCAGCAACCCCAUCUUCCUCAGCAGCAUCGCCUUUUUCCAGGACGCCCUGAUCACGCAGCAGACUCAGGUCAAACUGUCAGUCUACGAUGUGAAAGACCGCACACAGGGCACGAUGUACAUGCUGGGCUCCGCCAUGUUUUCAGUGAAAGAGCUGCUGCAGGACAAGCACCACAGGCUGCACCUGAAUCUCAGGUCUGCUGAUAGUGAGCGUGUUGGGAACAUCACUGUGAUCGCCUGGCAGAUCGAGGAGAAGCGGGAGCAGAGGACGCCCGUGGCGCGGUUACAGAGAGGAGACACGGUGAACGGACGGAUGGUCCUACCGGUGGACGAAAGCCUGACUCAGUCCUCCGCCAUCAAAGCCAAGUCCUCAUCUCUUUGUAAGGAUCCGCUGCUGAAGGCUGCGUUCGGAGGCGUCAUGUCUCAGACGUACCGCUUCCCCACCACGGAUGGGAACCACCUGCGGGUGCUGGAGCAGAUGGCCGAGAGCGUCCUGUCUCUGCACAUCCCGCGCCAGUUUGUGAAGCUGCUGCUGGAGGAGGAUGCAGUCAGGGUGUGUGAGCUGGAAGAGCUGGGUGAGCUGUCUGCAUGCUGGGAGAACCUGAGGAGGCAGAUCAUCACGCAGUACCAGACCAUCAUCCUCACGUACCAGGAGACCAUCAGUGACCUGCACGAGUACAAGGGUCCCUCGUUCAAGUCCAGCACACUGAAAGCGGAGAGGAAGCUGGAGUUUAUCCCCACCAACCUUCACAUUCAGAGGAUGAGAGUGCAAGGAGAGACCGGCUAUGACCACACCUAUGACGUGGUGACCAUCGGAGCUCCAGCAGCUCACCAUCAAGGCUUCAAAGGCUGUGGGCUCCGAAAAAUGCUGCAGAAGUUGGAAGAAGCUCGAAAAUCCGCCCACGGGGACGACAGCUCCACCGGCUCUCAAGGCUCCAAAGCCAUGACGUACCAGCCGCAGGACGUGGUGAAAGCGAAGGAGCUGAUAGGUCAGAUCAACACUCUCAAGACACAAGUCUGCUACUACACGGAGCGGCUGUGUCGAGCCGCCAAAGACAAAUCCGCCAACGCUCUGGAGAGGACCCUGGCCAUCCUGACGGAGAAGACUCGUCAGCUGGUGACCGUGUGCGACUCCAAGCUUCUGUCCUCAGCCAUUGUGGCGCUCGCAGCAGCUCGACCAGAUUUGACCCUUCAGGGGUCCCCGUCGCCCUCCUCCAGCUCCCUCUCCCCCUCCUCCCGCUCGCCGUCACGCUCCCCCUCCCGUCACCCGACCUCUCCAUCUCGCACCUCCACCUCUCCCUCGUACCACGGCGAGAGCAGCGAGGCCCGGAGAAGCAAGCGUGCCUCCAUGCAGGCCGACCUGCAAGAGGAGGAGUGGGAGAAGGUUUGGCUGAACGUGGACAAGAGUCUGGAGUGUGUCAUCCAGAAGGUGGACCUUCUGCUGCGGCGGGAUAAACUGCAGAGUGACAGCAGCUCUGAGGACGUGUUUGCUGACGCGGAGGAGGAUGUGAAGGACCCCAAGAAAGAUAACCCACCAGAGCUGGAAAAAACAUCACCGGGCGAGUGGAACGAGGCCCUGCAACCUCUCCUGACCCGCCUCAACGACUCGGCGUCUCUGAUGAGCGACAAGGCCAAGAAGGCCAUGGUCUUCCUGCUGAUGCAGGACAGCGCCCCCACCAUCGCCAUGAGCCUGACGCUGCAGUAUCGCCGUGAUGUCGUCUUCUGUCAGACGCUGACAGCUCUGAUUUGUGGCUUCGUUCUCAAACUGAGAAACUGUCUCUGUGACUCCGGCUUCCUGCGGCAACUUCACACCAUCGGGCUUCUGGUGCAGUACGAGGGUCUGCUCAGCACCUAUGGCGAGGAGCUGGCCAUGCUGGAGGACAUGAGCGUGGGGGUCAACGACCUGAGGAACGUCACCUUCAAGAUCACCCAGGCCACUUCAGGCUUCGGCAGCCCCGACAUGCUGCCGGUGAUCACGGGGAACCGGAGCGGCUUCAACGUGCGGGUGCCGAUGCCGGGCGCCAUCUUCGACACGUUGCCCCGGGAGAUCCAGAACGGCAUGCUGCUGCGCGUGCAGCCGGUCCUGUUCAACGUUGGCAUCAACGAGCAGCAGACGCUGGCGGAGAAGUUCGGAGACACCACGUUACAGGAGGUCAUCAACAUGGAGAACUUGGCUCGCCUCAGUCUCUACUACGACCAGUUCAGAGAAGUGCUGCCUGAGGAUUGUCUCCCUCACUCCCGCAGCGCCACCAGCCUGCCGGAGCUGCUCAAACUGCUGAGCAUGAACAUCAACGCCAAGAAGAACAAGAACGUGGAGAUCCUGUGGCAGGCGGCCGAGGCUUGUCGUCGGCUGAACGGCGUGAGAUUCACCAGCUGUAAAAGUGCCAAGGACCGCACCGCCAUGUCGCUGACCCUGGAGCAGUGCCAGAUCCUCCAGCAGGAGCACGGCCUGGCCCCGCAGGUCUUCUACCAGGCCCUGGACUGCAUGCGCAGCGAGGGCUGCCGCAGAGAAAACACCAUGAAGAACGUGGGAUGUCGUAAAUAUGCCUUCAACUCGCUCCAGCUAAAGGCCUUCCCGAAACAAUACCGCCCGCCAGAGGGCACUUACGGGAAGGUGGAGAGCUAAAGGGACUGAAAGACUGACGUCACCUCACAAACAGAGACACCUUCUACAAUAGACUCCUGUUCAAGUGCCGGUGUUUGAUAGCCGUUUCCCCUCAGUAGAACUAGACGCUCACUUUCGUCGGCGGCUGUGCAGCCCAUGUGAUCGAUGAGAAGAUCAGUCAGUGGACUUUUGUUCUAUUAUCUGUGUGGAGGCUGUUAAAUGUAUCACAACUGUACAUGAGAGUUUCAACCAUCAUCAUCUUCAGCUUAACAUCAGCGCAUCCUUGUUGUUAGUGGAGGCAACAUCUCUCCACAGUCUGCUGUGACACGUCAGGAUCAGCUGCACAUUUACAGAACAAGAUCAACGCAGCAGCUUUCCUUCACACAUUUCCUGCUCACUUACACAGGUCCAGAAGGAGUGGCUUCUCAGUGAGUUUCCAUUUCUUGUGGAUCAGGACCGGACAGAUGAAGUGGCGCCGCGUGGGGUCGGGAUGGAGGGAUUUAGACAGACGUCCCACAAAACAGUGCAAACUGUGUAGCUGCUGGUCGUCUGGAGUGAAAUGAUGACCGGUUUAAUAUUGUCCUAAAGUGAAUAUUGAGUAUCAUGUCGUAAUCCAGGGAAUUGUUUCACACGCGAUUAACGUUCUAGCAGAUCAGGAAAGAAGAUAAAAUUGAAACAAUAGUAAACGUGUCUGAAGCAGCAGAGUAAAACCCGCUGGACAGUUUUCUUUAGGUUUGUUUUGUCACAACCUUUUAGUGAAUGAUCAAAAACUUUCUGGUCAUCUACUGUACAAUUCUGAAUCUGUCACAGUCAGCGAGGAGUCGGUCGUCGGUUGUCGGUUGUCGGUUGGAUUCCCGUACCUCAAAAACUACACUUGAACGCACAAGUUUUUCCAGUCCAGACGUGAAUGUGACUGUGGACCUACGCAACAGGUGGACAUUGUUAUCAGCAUUUCAAAGCACAGAUCUCUCAGAUUCCACAUAUCGACACGUCUUCAGAGUUUACACUCUGAACUGUACAUACAAGCUGUUCGGGUUGAAAUAUGCAGAACUCAGUGACUUGGCUGGAGGUGUAUUGUGUUACCUGCAUGAGGGAUUGAGGAAGUACAGCUCUUGUUAAAGUGCAAUGAUGCACAUUGCAUAGCCACGCACUUCUGCUGUUGGUUUGCCAGAUCUCUGGUGCAACUUCCUGUCGGCUUCUGUCUUGUUUUCUUGACCUGUUUUCACCUUAAUAUGGCUGUUGUUUCUUUAUUAUGCUGUUGUUAUGCUGACGUGCACACAGGUGGGACGAGAGGACAGUUAGGGGAAAUGGCUGCAGAAGCCUGGCGAUGAAUAAACACUGAAACACAGACGUUUUUUGUCAUUAGUUGUUCAGACUACACUGAGGCAAACUUGACCUCCUGGUGGCUAACGCUGAAGCUCUUAAACCAAAUACCUAGUGAGUUGAACAUAAUUCAAUUUUAGGUACAUUAACCAAAAUAAAACACGUUAAAGACAUUAUUCAUCUGAAUAUUUUCUCAUUUUCACG